GCCGCCGAGUUCCCGGAGGCCUCUGGCCUUGGGGCGGGUUGCCGCCACUCCCGACCGCACCCAAGUCCGCCACCCCUCCCUCCCCUCUCCUAAUACUUUGUUUUCUAUUUGGAAAAACCCUCCUUUUUCUUCCCCUUUUCUCCUCCCCUUUCUCUUUCCUCUGCGGAUAACGUUUGCAUCGCAGGCAUCGCGAGUUGUGCAGCGCUGACAGCCGGUCGUGAGGACAUACAGGAAACUAUAUAACUAGCUCUAGCUCCAGAGAUGAAUAAAGAUGCUCCAAGACUGAUGGAAUUCUGGCCCGGGCUUGACAAGACAGUCAUUUGAGCUGGGAAUUUACAUAUGGGUGAAGUUCACUGAGUCAACUCAUUCUGCACAUUGACUACGCCCACCUGUGGUAUUUUAAUGCUUCAUUCACAUCCAUUCAAUUGAUAAAUUGGUGACUUUGUACUCUACUUGAAUAAUACAUAUAAUCUCAUUCUGUACACUGAGAUCAGGGUGUCCGUCUUGGGAAGAAACAUGAACUUUGGAUUUAGAUAUAUUUGUCUUUAGCAGAGUUGGGUGAAUAGGAAUUCCUCAAAAUGUCAGAUGCAGUCCCUUCAGCCCCUGAACAGCCUUCGGAUAAAAUGGAAACUCAAGUAAGGUUGCCUGAUCAACCUGAUGUCCCUCCUGCUUAUAAUUCCCACUUCGUGCCAGGACCCCCUGGACCUGGUGUCCCUCCACAUGCAGGCUGCCCAGGAAGCAUGCCUUUCGGAUACUACAAUCCACAGCAGUCCAGUUCCUUCCCCUUAUACCAGCCAACUGGUAGUACAUUUCCUAUCCAGUACCAACCUGGAAGAUAUCCUAUGGCAAAUCAGUCUGCUCCAGUAGUGUGGAUGCCAGGGCCACCUCUUAUGCCAAACUGCCCUCCUGGUCUAGAAUACUUAGCCCAGUUGGACAACAUACACGUUCUUCAGCAUUUUGAACCUCUGGAAAUGAUAACAGGUUUUGAAACUAAUAAUAGAUAUGAUGUCAAGAACAGUGUGGACCAGAUGGUUUACGUUGUAAAUGAAGACACAAAUGACUUCACCAGGAAUACUUAUCGGACGCUAAGGCCCUUCGUCCUCCGGGUCACUGACUGUAUGGGCCGAGAAGUCAUGACAAUGCAGAGACCUUUCAGAUGCACCUGCUGCUGCUUCUGUUGUCCCUCCACCAGGCAAGAGCUGGAGGUGCAAUGUCCUCCUGGUGUCACCAUUGGCUUUGUUGCGGAGCACUGGAACCUGUGCAGGGCUGUUUAUAGUCUCCAGAAUGAGAAGAAAGAAAAUGUGUUGAGAGUGCAUGGACCAUGCUUGACCUAUGGCUGUGGUUCAGAUUCUGUUUUUGAGGUCCAAUCCCUUGAUGGCAUAUCCACUGUUGGCAGUAUUAUUAGGAAGUGGAAUGGUGUGUUGUCAACAAUGGCUGAUGCUGACCAUUUUGACAUUCACUUCCCAUUGGAUCUGGAUGUGAAGAUGAAAGCCAUGAUUUUUGGAGCUUGUUUCCUCAUUGAUUUCAUGUAUUUUGAAAAAUCAGCAGCACCACCACAUGCAAGAAGAUAGAUGGACACAUGAAAAAGACAUGUUGGCUCAGGCUUAUAAUCAACCCUCAGUGAUUUGUGAAUAUAUUUUCCUACUUUUGUACAUUAUUUUUUUACUGGGUGCUAGCUUUGACAGGUAAGCUGAGAAUAUAAGUGUGAGAACAGUCUAAAUGUGUGUUUCAACUGAGUGUCUGUCUACUUGGUUGACUAGGAGUUUACUCUGUGAUUCAUAAAACAACAUAUAGAAUGAGAUGAAAAUAAUUUAACAUGAGAUAACAGAAAAUGAAUCACAGGGCUAUCACAUUAAUAUGCAAUGAAAUUGCGGACAUCAUCAGAGCAAUGUUUGUUGAGACAGAGUAAUAGAGAUACCAUCGCUAACCCAUUCUUACUCUUAAUCUGUCCGUCAGUAUGUCCUCUUAUUGAUGACAAAUUUGAUUCCAGGUGGAAAAAAUGACAUUCUUCACCUUUAAAAAAAAAAGGCAGAUACAAAUAUCAUGAUACUUUAUAAGAAAAUUUUAUUUGUGCACAUGUAUCAAACCCUUAUUUUGCAAACUUCAUCUAUGUUUUAAAAGAAUUUUUGAUUUUUGAUAUAAAUUACAUUUUUUAAUAAUAAGGUUUAUAUUUUUCAUGCCUGUUCCCUGUCUUAAUUGGAAAAUCAGGAGCUGCCUAUAGAAGAGAAAGAGAGAGAGAGAGAGAGAGAGAGAGAGAGUGAGAAAACAGAUCAGACUAUCAGAAUAAGAGGUGACUAGGAUUGUAGCCAGUCUAGACUUUUGAUCAAUUUAGAGACAUCUGUACCCUCCUAAGAAGUUUACAUUUCGUAUAUUUAACAGCUCUUGCUCACACAUGCUUUAUUCAUAAAACAUCUUUGACCAAAUCUUCAAGAUUACUUACUGAAAUUUAGUAUCUCAUUUGAUUGUAUACAGCGGAGAUAGUUGAUUUUUUUUAUAAGAUCCUGAUAAUCACUGUGGUAUUCUAAUUGCACAAGAAUUGGAGUUUUGUUUUUAAAUUUUGAAAUGUGACAUUGUGUGUUGCAUUUUGUAAAAACAAAAACUACAAAUUCUGACACUGCUUAAUAAAAACUUUGCUGCUUUUUAUUUAAAUAAUAGAUAAAUAUUUAUUCAAAGAUAAUAAUAAAACACAGCAAAUGUUAUUUCUCUGUGAUCUAUAGUUUUAUGAGUAAAGAUUAUGUGGGAUCAAUCAUUAAAGUAUUAUUUUUACUUGCUUGUACUAAUUAAAAGUGUAAUGUAUCAAUGACUGUAUACUCAUAAAUCACCUUGCCUCUACUGCACUUUAGCUUCUUUCCUGGAUAUGUAAUGUAUUUUUUCAACACAAGACUUAUCAGCAGAAUGGAAUGCAUUUUUGUGUUCCUUAUUAAAUCAAGUCUGUGUUCUUAGAUGUGGUUAUUCUGAGAUGCGAACCUUAGCUCACUGUUCUCAUGAAAGUUAAAGAAAGGUGCCUCUUUUUAAAGUAUUCAUGGUAAAACUCAUUCUACUCUGUUUCUUGUAGUGCUCAUUUUUGCGUGCUACUCUGCCUUUUUCUUAGAAAAUAAAACCUGCUUCUUCCUGUAGUGAUAACUAUGUUGUACAUGAAAAUGCAAUUGUAAACUUAAACAGAAGUAUUAUUUCUUGUGAUACCAUGUUUUUCAUGGAAAAUCAGACUUAACUAUAAGUUAUUCAGAAAGUAAAUGUAAACUUUUGUUUUUACUUGCUUAUAUCCCUAUAUUCCAAGAUCUGCAUAAUACAAAAAUUAUUUUUAGCAUAUGAUAUUUUAAAUUUAUUUUUAAAGUUUUUUGUGGUGUGAACAAGUCCCUUACUGUAGUUUCACUCCAUUUAAAAAUAAUGCUAUGUAUCUUCUUUUUGUAUACUACAAUUGCCAUAAAGAAAUAUAGACAUUAAUGUGAUAUUUCAUUGUGUAAAAUUGGUGAUUGAUUAAAAAAAUAACUAAUUCUCUGAAAUGUAUAUGCUUCAUCAUAUUAUUUUUGGCUUUAAAUAAAUAUGGU